AGAGUUUCAGAGCCAUGCCGAAUUUAAUGUCUGUGUUACACUCUUCUAAUGGGCUGUGUGUGGACUGGCAAUAUGAUCGUUUUCCUAACCCUGAAUUUGCAUCUUUCCGUGGCGUGUUUUGGGCGUUUUCACAGUCCAUUAAAGGGUUUCAACAUUGUAGACCUCUGAUCGUAGUGGAUUCGAAAGACUUGAACGGGAAGUAUCCUAUGAAAUUAAUGAUUGCCUCGGGGGUUGAUGCAGCCAACAAUUUUUUUCCUCUUGCAUUUGCGGUUACUAAAGAACUGUCCAUUGAUAUUUGGCGUUGGUUUCUCACUGGAAUCAGAGAGAAGGUUACACAAAGGAAAGGCCUUUGCCUCAUCUCCAGUCCCCACCCUGACAUACUUGCUGUUAUUAACGAACCAGGGUCUUUGUGGCAAGAACCCUGGGCUUAUCACAAAUUCUGUCUGGAAUAUUUUAGCACCCAAUUCUCUAUCAUUUUUCCAGAUGACCCGUGCCUGUGGAAUUUUGUGUAUUCUGCUGGACCCACUUAUCAGAAGGAUGUUUUUGAUUCCUACAUGGAAGACAUUGAAAAGAAGAACCCAGAAGCUCGGAGAUGGUUAGACCAAAGCCCUCCACAUCAGUGGGCUCUUGCUUACGACAGUGGUCUGAGAUACGGAAUCAAGGAGAUAGAUCCAAAUAUUAUAUUUACAGUUUGUCAAGAUUUUCAGAAUUAUACAACAGGGGAUGUGAUGCUUAUGUUUGAUGAGUUGAGAACCACAUUCGAUACAUCUCUUAGCUUUAGCCAUGGCUCUCUUAACCGCGGUGAUGUGUACACAGAACAUGUCAUGGACAAGUUUGAAAAGUUCAUGACAGAUUCGAUCACUUAUGUUAUAACGCCGUUAGAGAGAGAUUCAUUUCAGGUCGUCUCAGACUCCUUAGAAAAGGAGGAAUGGAUUGUUCAGUUGAGUGACUCAACUUGCACAUGCGGGGAGUUCCAAUCGGAAAAGUUCCCAUGUCCGCACGCUCUAGCGGUCUGUGAGAAGCUAAAAAUUAACCCUUUGCAGUAUGUAGACGACUGUUACUCUGUUGAACGGUAUCACAAAACUUACGCCGCUGCAUUUUAUCCUGUUCCGAAAGUUUCAGCCUGGCCGGAAGCUUGGGGAGUUCCAACAUUGUUUCCUCCUAGUCCGCCUAACUCAUCAGGUAAGGCCUAACACAUGACUAGUAAAGAAGAAGAGCUGGAAGAUAGAUGCAUUUUGGUGGAUUAGUAGUAUCUUUUGACUUUCGGAAAGUAAGAUAAAUCCGGUUCCGGUUAAUAUAACGGAGACAUGAUAGAAGAAAUGUUGUUGCUUUUUUUCGUAUAUGAAAACUAAUCCGGUUUGUUCUUGAGAACUUUUGGUGAU